AUGUCAAGGGCUCCCAUACUCAUAAACGAUCUGGUCAAGGGGAACCAAGUCUGGAAAAUGCUGAUUAGGGUUGUUGAUCUUUGGGUUGUUAAUGAGAAAAAUGGCAAUCAACACCUUGAGAUGGUCAUUCAAGAUGUAAAGGCUGAUAAGAUUCAUGUGACAAGUUGGAACCGAGAUUUCAAAGAUUGGUUUGAACAACUGAAGGAGCAUGAGACUUAUAUUAUGUAUAACGGAGAGCCCGUGGACAACGAAGGUCACAUGUCCAUGAAUGAAAUUGUUUCUAAUGUUGGUUUACUUGCUUCAUACUUUUUAGAUGUGAUAGGGGUGUUGCAAGAUGUUGUUAAGACACAAAUGGGCGGUGGUAAUAGGAAAUCUUGCGUCAAUAUUACCUUGCGUGAUGUCGAAGGGAAUGUUAUCGAGGUGGCAUUAUGGGAAGCUUACGGCAAGCAAUUCAUGAACUACACUACCCCGAACAACACUUCUGGACCUACAGUUAUCGUUUUGACCCAUGCCUGGUGCAAGCCAAAUUCUGACUCUCUUCCUUACAAAUCUUUGUCUUGCAUUAUAGUUUCCGGUCUUCCGUCUCUUUCGAAUGCAUGGAAUGGCUCUAGACUUCUCAUUAAUUUGGACCAUCCACAAGUGGCAGAUUUCAAAGCUAGUUUUGGAACUACUGAUUUAACCGGUAUACCUGCCCUUUCCCAAUCAUUAACCUGCGAUUCUUCCAUUCAAUCUGCAAACAAGAACUGGACUAACUUGAGUGAGGUCAGGAGUAUCCAUGCAAUCGCUGCGCCAGGAAAGGAUUCUUACGCAACGACUAUUGGCACUACCGUCGGUUUCAAAGCUUCCAAGAACGGAUGGUAUUUUGAGUCUUAUGCUGGGUCAUCUGGAAAUACAGAUGAUGAACCUGUUAUAAAGUUCAAAGUUGAGGUUGAAGUUGUCUAUGGUGACCACAAUGGAACAUUUGUUUUUUGGGAUAAGGAUUGUAUUCCUUAUACAAAAAUGACUGCUAGGGAAUUAAGAGAGGUUAUGAAAGAGGCAGGAGAAGACAAUCCUAAAAUUUGGCCUGCUCAUCUAGAUGUUUUGUUGAAUAAAGAAUUUGUGUUCCGUGUCAAGUAUCAACAACAAUACCGACAAUUUUCUAUCGUUAAAAUACUUAACGAGGAGGGCCUUUACGCCAAGUUUGACAAAUACCUCACUCUAGAUGAGACCAUGCCACUUCAGAACACUCUUGAAACAUCCACCACUGCUCCUAUACUUAUUCCUAACCAACUCACACAGACUUCAGAGCAAUCAAUCUGUGCUGAGCCUUACUCGGCUGCUAACCCGAAUUCGAGCCCAGAGGCAAGCUCCAACAGUACUCCAGCCAAGAGGGGAUCAGAGUCAACCUCGGUUAAUGAUACGAUCCAGGCUGAAGAGAUCACUCCCAAACAAUCCGCCACUAAGGCCAAGACUGGAAGGAAGCUUAAGCAUUUGAAGAAAGAGUAA